UCUAGUGUGUUUGCACGGCAGGCAACAACUUCACAUGUGCCGCACAUUCCUCCUGUUACGCCGCAUGUUACACGAGUUCGUUCUUUGCUGAAUACUGUCGUAAUUACGCUCUAUUAAAAGUGUAAGAAUGUCUUUUCGUGGAGGAGGUGGAAGAGGCGGAGGAGGAUUUCGGGGUGGCGGUGGAGGAUUUAACCGUGGAGGAAGAGGUGGAUUUGGUGGUCGAGGAGGGGGAAGAGGUGGCUUCAGACAAGAUUAUGGUCCUCCGGAAUACGUUGUUGGUCUUGGAGAGUUCGUGCAUCCAUGUGAGGAUGACAUUGUGUGCAAGUGCACAACAGAAGAAAGCAAAGUGCCUUACUUCAACGCCCCAGUGUAUCUGGAAAACAAAGAACAGAUCGGAAAAGUGGAUGAAAUUUUUGGAAACCUCCGGGAUUUUUAUUUUUCUGUGAAACUAUCAGAAAAUAUGAAGGCAUCAUCUUUUAAAAAGCUUCAAAAGUUCUAUAUAGACCCGGCAAAGCUCCUACCCCUACAGAGGUUCCUCCCACGGCCCCCAGGAGAGAAGGGUCCCCCCAGAGGUAGAGGUGGUGGAAGAGGUGGUGGCCGUGGAGGUGGCUUCCGGGGCGGUCGUGGUGGAGGUGGACGAGGAGGAGGAUUUGGUGGAGGUGGACGAGGAGGCGGCUUUGGAGGUGGUCGCGGUGGAGGAGGAGGCUUUGGAGGGGGCAGAGGUGGAGGAUUCAGGGGAGGAAGGGGAGGAGGAGGAGGCCGCGGCUUCAGAGGGGGAAGAUAAAGACUCGUCAGAAACAAUUGAAUAUCCUGCGUCAUUGGAAGACUACUGUGGGAGGUGGAGCAAAAAGACAAUUGAGCUCAAACUCAGAGUUAUUUUAAAAGAGACAUAAGGUCCUGCAGAUUUUUGUACCUUUUGAUCUGCAAAUACAACUUUUACUUUUUUAUGACAAUUAUUUGUAAUGUAAAAUGUGUGCAUUCCAUCAAAUCUCUCUUGUCUAUUCAAUGCUUGGGGUGUGCUGUAUGUACCAUGGGGAAAAAAGUUCACUACUGAAAGCAAAUAUGAAGCUUAAAGGUAUGAACUUGUAAAUGGGUGUCUCAUUUUUAAAACACUGCUUUGAUUCUGUGCGCAUGUCAAGCAAUCAUCUGAAGACGUUUCCUUUAGUACAGUACCUACCAAAAGGCCUAACAUACUUUUGUACCUGACGUCUCUGUUGUCAAAGUCCUUGGUUUGGGUCACUUAUGGUUCAGAUGCUGGUGGUUUUUCAGUCAGGGACUGAAAUCAUGCAGUCAGUUGCUGAAAGAAAAAGUCUAAAAUAUUUUGUACAGCAUUGUUGAUCCACUAGUGUGCAAGUUGUAUGUGAAUAAAAGGCAGUUGGUAACCAGCUGCUGAUUAAAUCUG